AUAGAAUGAAUAUUUGACGACGUUAUAUUGUAAGUUAUUAGUACACACCGGACGUGAUUUCUUAGAUAAUUACUGUGUGUUUCCCCGAAAGGUUAUUGUGUAAUUUUGUUGUAUGGUACUUCUUUAAGUGACUUAAGUAUUUUUCAUUUUGUACAUUGAGAUAAUUUUAUCAUGGAGGCGGUGUUAACAAAAAUAAAUGAAAAAUAUAUCAGGUUACCGGAUAUAGAAACAAAGAUUUACAAAAAAAUUAAAUCUCAUGUGGAAGAAAAGGUGAAGGAGGAGCUGUUGAAAGAUGAGACUUUCAACGGAUUGUUUGAAAGGUUCUUUUACGGAGGUAGUUUCUAUGACGAUUUAAAAGUCGGCAAGGCGGAAGAGUACGAUUUGGAUUUCGUGUUCAAUUUGCCCGUAUGCAUCAAACCCAAAAUCGAAGUCAGUGAUAAACAUGGCUUCGUAUAUUGCAAGAUCCACGAUUUUGCCAGCAUGUUAAAGAGACCCGAAAAGGACAAGUUUCUAAAGUUGUACGAUUUCUUGGAUAGCGAGAACUAUCUAUCGACCACCAAGGUCUUCUCUUGGCUUCAGGGGGUGUUACAGAAAGUCAAGACAAACCUGGACGGCACAAAUGAUAAGAACGAAUUCGUUAUAUCUCUGAGCGAAACGGAGACGGCCACGUUUCAUACUACCUGGAGCAUCAAAGCACCAGCUUUUACAGUCAACAUUUCGGGCGUACAUAACGGAAGGGAAAUGAAGAUGGACGUUGAUUUUGUGCCUUGCUUUCAAUUUUUGUGUCAAACUGACUGGCCCGGAAGCCCUUACAGGAAAAAUCCAAUAACAAACAGGGAUAAAUUCUUAAUAGUACCAAAAAAACCCACCAACGUGGACAAAAACAUAGACCGUUAUUGGAGAUUGUCCUUCCAGGAACAAGAAAGGGAAUUGUUCAAGGAUGACUACAGGGCAUUCAAACCAACAUUGAAACUAAUAAAGAAAUUACGUGAUCAACAAAAUCAUUCCAAGAUUGCCAGCUAUUUUAUCAAAACUCUUUUCUUGUGGCAGCUUGAAGCCACGGACAAAAAAUAUUGGCACAAGCCUCUUGCGGACGUAUUCAUGGAUAUGUUAAAAAAAUAUAAAGAAGCCCUAGAUGGCAAAAAAAUUCCGUACUACUGGAACAAAAAAUUUAAUCUUCUUGAAAAUGUGAGAAGCGACACUCUUGCUGGUUGGGCAAAUCAAAUCAAUAGAAUUAUAAACAAUAUUGAAAAAAGCGAAGAUGCUUUAAUAGUAGCCAACUAUCUCUUGACAUCUUCGGAAGUGGCGGAAAUAAAGUUGUCACUCGGCAACGUUAAAAAGGUGGCACUGGGCAACGUUAAAAAGGUGUGUGCCUCGCCACAAAACAAUAAUCCUGUUCCAUUUGCUCAGCUUCUAGACACCGAGAGCAACUUAUUUAACAAUCCUUUGACUUUCAGUCCAAGCUUUAAAAACAUAAAUGUUGCUCCACCUACUUCUUUGGACUUCAAAAUGGAGAAAAUUUUGGAAAAGUUGGAUAUGGUGCUGUCAAAGGUUGAUAAUAUUGAUCGGAGGCUGAAAGUGAUUGAAGAUCAUGUUAAGCCACCUCAAGUAAACAAUGAGAAUAAUAUAAUUGAUGAUUUGCUUUCAUUUAGGUCACUAACAUUGACUCCUACAAAUAUUAAUAACAUGUAAUAUUUUAAUAUUUUUUUAUAUAAACAUUCAAUUUAUGUUGUUGAUAUAUAUUUGUUAUACAUAUAUCACUUAAUAAACUUUUAGUUUUAUAUUUACUUUGAUCAGUGAUGUAUUUUUUUAAUAAAAAUAGUUUAUUUGUUUAUUUU